UUAGCAUAUUCAAUAAGUUGCCUGUGGACGGCCAUUUGUAAUAACGCUCGUCAGUCGAAAUACGCCUCACACAAGAGUGAUACUGCUGCUCAUUAGGCUUGGACUAGACUUGAACUUUUGUCCUGCAUAUCGACAUCGCAGGUAUCGGAGGCUAUUUUGAAACAAGUUGACCGGGAAUAUCGUGGACCGGGGAAGAGUUAACAGGCCUGCUACUGUUGCCAGGAGAGGAGGAGGCGGAGGCGCAAAAGCUGUUGUCCUGUGAAGGAGACUGACACCAGGAGACGUGCGCAGCUAGCAUCCCCAUGGCAGGCUGGAAAGACGGUUCGGUACCGGAGAAGUACCGACUCGUUGUCGUGGGAGGUGGCGGGGUCGGCAAAUCUGCGCUUACCAUUCAGUUCAUCCAGUUGGACACAGCAGGACAGGAAGAAUUUGGAGCCAUGCGAGAACAAUACAUGAGAACAGGGGAGGGCUUCCUGCUUGUCUUCUCCGUCACUGACAGAGGAAGCUUUGAAGAAAUAUACAAAUUCCAGAGACAGAUUCUACGAGUAAAAGAUCGAGAUGAAUUCCCAAUGGUCCUUGUUGGUAAUAAAGCUGAUCUGGAACAUCAGAGGCAGGUUACCCAAGAAGAAGGACAUCAGUUAGCACGGCAACUUAAAGUAACUUACAUGGAAGCUUCAGCUAAAGUCAGAAUGAAUGUAGAUCAAGCUUUUCAUGAACUUGUCCGAGUUAUAAGGAAGUUUCGGGAUCAGGACUGCCCUCCUUCACCAGAACCAGCACGGAAAGAAAAGGACAAGAAUGGUUGCCACUGUGUCAUUCUCUGAGCAUCCAUUUCUGUAUUAUCUGACAGCUGCCUGCCCAGACCCCUCUGCAUUACAUCACUUUGUGUCAGUCAGUGUUGUUUUUUUCCCUCCUGCAUGUCUUGUAAAGACCAUUUUCUGUAGCCUUAAUCUGUGAAGAUGGCUGCGUAAAAGAAAGAAAGCAUUUAUGAAGACCUCAGUCACAUGAAGACAAAAUGAAAACACUAAAGCAGUUCUGUUAAGAGCUACACGAUUCCACUGUUUAAUUUUAUAGGAUUUUUGCCUUUUGUUAAUAUUUGAAUAUAAAAAGUCUGGAAUGUAGAUAAUUUGUUUUACGCAAGUAGGUGUAUCGAGGCAAAGUGCUUAAAUCCUGGUAAUAUGUCUUACUAUUAGAAAUUUAUUUUGUUUUUUUACUGCUGAAGUGGAGUGCUAAUCAGCUUCUGUGUAGUAGAAAGUUAGUUAUUGUCAGAGAUAGUUUAACUUAAUAUAGGUGUAGGGAAACCGGGGUAGAUGAGUCAUUUAUCCUCUGUUAAUACAAUAAUUAACUUAUUGUUAGCCUUAAAAAAGCCAACACUGAGUUAUAGAAUUAUUGACAGCACGGGUUUUGUCUAUGAAGUUGUUUUUUCUUUCAUUGGCCAAAUGAAUCUACUGUAUUUAUUUUAAUAGUCCAUUGAGGUGUACAGGUAGCUGUUCACAAAGUAACAAAAUUCCUGGGACCUUCUUGGGCAUCAGUGUUUGUAUUGCUUUUUUAUUAGGAGGUGUUGUGCCACCACUGAAAGAGAGAGUAUGUCUGUCUUCCCUUGAUGUGAGUAUCUCUAGAAAAGGGAUUUUAUGAACAAAAAUGUAGGUGUUUUUCUUUCUUCAUGUAAUAUAUAAGAUAUGGAAUUGAUCUUUCCAUUGUCGGAGAUUAAAUGUUUUUGCUAUAUACUUUUAUACAUUAUUUUCUUAUCAAACUAGUUAACAAGUAUUUUUAUAUGUUUGUAAGCAAAUAUGCUUUCACAGCAUAACUUGUGUAUAUGUAAAGAUAAGUAUUUAAUUAUCACUGUUCACUUUUAACUGACAGAACUAUACAUCUGCAUUAUAAAACUGUGGUAGAACUCUAGCCAAGCUGCUGCCGUGCACCUGCCAAAAGUACCCUUAUUGUCUGCUGACUCACCAUCCACUUGGUGUCAUUACUUACCAACUCAGAUGUAAUAUUGUGCAGAAAACCCAGUAAAAGUUGAUUUUACUCUAGAGCCAUCACUGAGUUUUGUAGAAUGUUGACUUGCCAAAAUUUAUUUAAUCUGAACUCAUGAAUUCACAUCAUUUCUCUGGUAAAGUUCUAUAAAACAUUAAAAUUUCAGUGCCCUUGUAUAGCUUCUGGUGCUAGAAUAAAAUGAUUAAACCAAAAAACUGAGAGUACGUUAAAUUGUAUUAGCCUAUGUUCUUGGACUUCAGGAAUGACUCAAAACACACUCAUAAUGGAAAUUUGUUGUAAAAUUUGCGUACAUAUAUGUGUACGUAGAACUUUUGUUUGUAUACAGCUUUGGAUGUUUUAUUAUUCUUCCUUUUCUCAGUUUUCCUGAGUUUGCCAGCUGCAUUUAUGGCUUUUGAAUAUCUCACAGUGUAAGUACUUAACUACUGUUAUGUGUUUAGAAUCCUUGAUUACAAGUGUAUAUAGAAAAGCCAGUUUAAAAAGCUUAGAUCUGUAAAGUCCAUUUUGUUGUAUAGUUAACAUUUACACAAUUGCGGAUUCCAGGAUGCCCAGGUUUGCUUUCCUAGAAACUCUGCUGCUGCCUUUCUUUUACAGUGACUGUCCCAUAUGGACCACACUCUCUCCUGAAAAAAAUACUGUUGUAGUGUAUAAAUUAAACUGAAUCUCAUGUAUGUGGAAGUAAACCUCUGCUACCAUCA